AAUUGGAUUUGGUGUACAACUUGAAAAACCUAUCCCUCUCUGCUUUCUCCUUCUUAGUGCCGCAUCAAACUCAAAUUCAGUCAAGCUAAGCAGGUUUGAAACUUGAAGUUUUAUUCUUCUUAGUGCGCUGAAAGAACUUGGCAUCAAAAUACAAAGAGGGAGAACUAUCAUUCCAUGUUUACACCAAAAACACCCCAUUUCUUCAAGAUCAUUUUAGAGGCCGCUAUUCGGGAUAGGAGGCUUGGGAUUCCUAGAAAGUUUGUGAGAAAAUAUGGAAAUGGCUUAUCAAGUCCAGUAGUAUUAAUGGUCCCAGGCGGUGCUACAUGGCAUGUUGAACUGACAAAAUCUGAUGGUGUUGUUUGGUUGCAAAAUGGAUGGCAAGAAUUUGCUGAGCAUUACUCUCUCAAGUAUGGGCAUUUAUUGGUGUUCAGAUAUGAAGGGAAUUGCAAAUUUCAGGUACUUAUAUUUGAUAUGAGUGCAUCAGAGAUAGAGUAUCCAUACAUUAGUUAUAUUGAAGAUCACCAGAGUGAUGAAGAGUGUCAAAAACCUGACAAGGAAGAAGCUGAAACUGAUACCUUUGAUGAAAACUUGUAUGAGACUCUUCCACACAAGAAAACUAGAAAGAAAUCACGACCACCAUGUUCUCUUCCUCGUAAGAAACUGAGAACCACUCCAACAGACAAAAGAGGCCUGCAAACUAAGGUUCCUAGGGAGAGACAUGCAUUUGGAGCCAACGAAUAUGAUAAAGCUUUGCAAAGAGCCAGUUCUUUCACAUUGGAUAAUCCUUUUUUUGUGGUAACAAUGCAGCCUUCAUACAUUAAUCCAGGACGCAAAAUGUGCAUACCAACGGACUUUACCACAAGGUUCCUGAAAGAAAAUCUUGGUGAUGUAACCCUUUGCACAUUGGACGGUAAAACUUGGUCUGCUCAGUACUGGCGCUAUAUAAGCAGAAACAAAUACAUAAAAGCAAUCCUCUAUAAUGGUUGGAGGGAAUUCAUGCAGUACAACAAGUUGGAAGCUGGUGACGUUUGUGUUUUUGAGUUGAUUAGGCAAACGGAAAUCUUGUUGAACGUAGUUAUUUACCGGGUUCGUCAAGAUACAAGCUGCUGUUCCAAAUUGUGUGGUAUAAGCUUUUCGGCAAAUGCUAGUAAUGGAAGAUUGUCAACGCAGAGAAACACAAAGUCUAAGCAUUUGUGCAUGAUGCGACCAUUGACUUCCCAUGAGAAAGCAAGAGCAACUCUAAGAGCUAGUAAUUUCAAAUCUGAAAAUCCUUUUUUCAAGGUUGUCAUGCAACUGAGAUACCUGAAGGAUAGAUGUAGCCUGAGUAUACCAUACAAAUUCGUGAAGAGAUAUCUUGAUGAGAAGAAGGAUCAAGUCAUCCUUCAAGUUUCAGAUGGGAGAACUUGGAUUGUUAAGUUUUCUGUUAAAGUAUUUACCUGUGGACAACAUAAAGCUGAAUUCUAUCAUGCUUGGAGGGCUUUUGCACGGGACAAUAAUUUGGAAGUAGGUGAUGUAUGCGUCUUUGAGCUGAUCAACCACAAUAAAACUUCAUUCAAGGUCUCCAUUUUUCCAGCUGCACCAGGUGCAGAUUUUUCUCUGUCAUCACAAGGAAAUUCUAGCUGUGCUGCCCAAUUGACUGCCCCAAGAUAUCAAGCCAGUGGACAGAAAACCAAACCUAGUAAUUGUCUGCCAUGUCCUCGGCCUUGUAAGACGAUUAACGGAAGAUUCAGAACCAAUUCAACCCUUAAUACUAGGAUCAAUUCUUUUGUAGAAGCAUUUGUUCCAAAUCUUAGACCUGAUGACAAUAAAUUUAGGGAGAUUAAGCUUGAGAAUCCAAAUGAGAAUCAAGGUUAUGGAGCCACAUCUACAAGGCGGAAAGGCCCACAAACUGAGGGCACCAGGAGGACACAACCGCUACGAGCUGGUGAAAAAACUAAAGCUCUUCAAAGAGCCAGUUCCUUUAAGUCUCAGAAUCCAUUUUUCGUUGUUGUUAUGCAGCCAUCCUAUGUUUGUAGUGGGCAUGUAUUGGCUAUACCAUUGAACUUUUCCAGGAACUACUUGAGAAAAAGGGUUGGCGUUGGGGAUGUAAUCCUCUGCAUGAAAGAUGGGAAAACUUGGUGGACUAAAUACUAUCGUGAAGCAAACAAAGCAAACCCGAGAGCAAGACUCAUUGAAGGUUGGAGGGCAUUUGCAGAAGACAAUAACUUGGGAGUUGGUGAUGUUUGCGUCUUCGAGAAGAUUAAGUCAAAGUGCCAUGAAUUGUCAUUUAAUGUAAUUAUUUACCGGGCCGAAGUGGACGAAAAAUAGCUAUGUUAAAAGCUUUCUUUAUCUUUUACUAAUGGGUAAUUGAAAGUAAUUAACUCUCGGUCAUCAUUUACGAGGGGUCUACUUUUGGAAUUUCCUUUUUGGCUGGGUACGAUUGUUUGGAUUUUUUUUAUGUAAAU